GUUGUUUAUUUGGACGAAAUGGGCGUACCCGAUUCUCGAGAUUUGGGCAAAGCUGUUGCCGUAUUUGCUCAAGCUGGAAAAUCAUGCGUAGUCGCGGUGCAGAGGUGGGAGGCGGAUCGGGAUAUGAAGAGUAGGCGGGCCGAGCCCAAAAUGGUACCGCACAACUAUUGUCCUUAGGAAGAAGGCGAAAAGACUAAGCAAGAACGGUAUAAAAGGAGCUCUAGCAUCUGCGGGUGGCGUCUCCAGCACCUCACCCCCACCAUUGUCGUCCAUUGCUCUUUCAUAAUAUUUUUAUUCUAUUCCUCUCGAUUAUUUGUCAUGUUUACUGCUACUGGCCAACAGGCUAUAGACGACAGGAGCCAGGCUGGGUUUGUAGAUCAGGAAUACAGCCUCGACAUGCCAGCUGCUGACAAGGUCUUUGAUAGCGAGAAGGAUGAGGAAGAGGAGGACUCGCCGAUCGAGAUGGUGCGGAUAGCAGUCUCCAACAAAGACGACCCGAACAUGCCGUGCCUGACGUUCCGCUCAUGUGUCCUUGGUGUCAUAUUCGCUGCCGGUCUUGCGUUCAUCAACCAGUAUUACUGGUUCCGUGAGAACCCCAUCACACUCGGCGGCUAUGUCGUGCAGCUAGUAUCCUUUCCCUGUGGCUAUUUGAUGGCGCUGGUGCUGCCCAAGCGCCAGUUCAACACGUUUGGCUUCCGGUGGACGCUGAAUCCCGGUCCCUUCAGCAUCAAGGAGCAUGUGCUCAUCUCCAUCUUUGCGGGUGCAUCAGUCAGCACGACAUACGGCAUUGAUGUGGUCACCAUCAAGCGCAUGUAUUACAAGUCGGAGAUGGGAUUCGGCCCCUCGAUUCUCUUCAUCCUGACCUCGCAGAUCAUGGGCUACUCGUUCGCUGGCUUCUCGCGCGAGUUCCUCGUCUACCCCGCCGCCAUGAUUUGGCCUGCCAACCUCAUCAGCGUCACCUUGUUCCGUACCUUCCACGAGCUGUCGAAUUUUGGCAGCCGGCUCACUAGGACACAUGUGUUCUGGAUUGCGUUCCUCGGUAGCUUCUGCUGGUACUUUAUCCCUGGGGUCAUCUUCCCGACUCUCAGCUUUAUAAGCAUCCUGUGCUUUGCUGCUCCAGACAACAUUAUCGCCAACCAGCUUGGAGAUGCGAUGCAUGGUGUGGGCAUGCUCAACUUCUCGCUCGACUGGAGUUACAUCUCGUCGGCUUACACACAGUCGCCGAUUGCCAUUCCGUGGGUCUACUGCUGCAACGUCUUUGCCGGCUUCGUCAUUAUCAUGUGGAUUGCGACCCCGAUCGGCUACUACAAGAAUGUGUGGGACACCCAGCUAAUGCCCAUCUACACGGCGACUCUAUACACAACCAACGGAAGCGUAUUUAACAUUCACGAAGUUAUGACGCCUACUGAUAACCUGGAUGUUGAGAAAUACGCGUCGUAUGGUCCUCUGCGCAUGACGUUCACGUACGCCAUGACUUACGGUCUAAGCUUCGCUGCCUUGAUUAACCUCUUCGUCUACAUUGCUCUCCACUACGGCAAGGAGAUCGUCCAGCGCGUGCGCCAGUCGCGUUCGAUGAACGACGAUAUCCAUGCCAAGCUGAUGCGCCGCUACCCUGAGGUCCCGCACUGGUGGUACGCUAUCACCUUCGUCAUCACCUUCGCUCUGGCGAUUGUGACAUGCGAGGUCUGGGGUAUGAUGAACUGGUACUACGUCAUCCUGGCGACCGUGAUUCCUCUGAUUUUCACCAUCCCCAUCGGUAUCAUCCAGGCACUGAGCAACCAGCAGCCUGGCCUCAAUGUGAUCACCGAGUUCAUAAUCGGCUACGCUAAGCCAGGCGAUCCCAUCGCCAACGUUACCUUCAAGGUGUACGGCUACAUCACCAUGACCCAGGCCCUGUCGCUGCUCGGAGACCAGAAGCUCGGCCACUACAUGAAGGUGCCGCCUCGCGCCCUGUUCUUCGCGCAGCUUGCCGGUACCAUCAUCUGCUCGUUUGUUCAGCUUGGUGUUGCCUUCUGGCUCAUGGACACGAUCAAGGGCAUGUGCACGCCGGAAGGUAUGCCGUUUACAUGUCUGCAGGCCAACACCUUCUUCUCGGCAUCGGUUAUUUGGGGUCUGGUCGGCCCUGAGCGCAUGUUUGGAACGGAAUCGAUAUACCACUCGAUGAUGUACCUGUUCAUUCUCGGCCUGCUGCUUCCUAUUCCAUUCUGGCUCUACACGCGCAAGUAUCCGGAUAGCUGGGUCAAGCACAUCCACACCCCCAUGCUGUUUAUCGCCUCGGGCUACAUGCCACCCGCACCAUCCCACGUAUAUUUCAACUGGUGGGUUGGCUGCUUUGCUCUCAACUUCCUAUGGGGAAGGCUCUUCAACCGUGGCUGGCAGCGCUAUGCCUUCUCAUUGUCGGCUGGCCUCGACUGUGGCCUUGCAAUUUCGGGCAUUGUUACAUACUAUGCUUUCCAGAACGUCGCUUUGCCGCACUGGUGGGGCAUGGAAUCAACUCACUGCAAGCUGGCACAGUACGGAAAGGCCAACUACAAGGAAAUGCUGGCAGCAGCAGCAUCCGCCGGCGCGUCUUAAUCUAUUCUCCGGUAGCCUCUAUUUUUACAAAACGACUAUAAUUAAC